AAAAGAAUCUUCCAUCACACCCGUAAACUCAUCUCUCUAGAGAGCCAAAAAAAACGCCUCUCUCUAUCUCUCUCUCUCUCUGCCUCAAAGUCUCUGCGCAACUGUGCGAGCGACCAAAGCACUCCACCAAAGUCUCUCAAUUUCAACGUCUCGCUCUCUCUCUCUCUCUCUCUCGACUCUGUUCGAGAUCUCCUUCAACAGUUACGUUUACAGAACUCGAAGCCUCGCUCUUCUUCUCGAUUGUAACCCAACUAUUCAAGGUGUUCCAUGAGGAUGUUGGAGAAGAUGGACAAAAACUUUGACCCUGAGGAUAUCAUAGAAGAAUUUGAGAUGCUGACAAAGGAUGCGGAGAAAAUUCAGAGAGAGACCCUGCAGAAAAUAUUGGAAGAAAAUGGCAGGACAGAGUAUUUACAGAAAUGGGGUCUUAAUGGAAGAACAGACCCUGAGAGUUUCAAGGCUUGUGUUCCCCUUGUCACUCACAAGGAUUUGGAAACUUACAUUCAUAGAAUCGCGGAUGGUGAUGCUUCUCCCAUCCUCACUGAAAAGCCUAUAACAACCAUCUCAUUAAGUUCAGGUACAACUCAGGGAAAGCCCAAGUUUGUCCCUUUCAAUGAUGAAUUGAUGGAUUCCACUAUGCAGAUUUUUGAGACAUCUUUUGCAUUUAGAAACAGGGAAUUUCCAAUUGGGAAUGGUAAGGCCUUGCAAUUUAUCUACAGUAGCAAGCAGUUUAAAACGAAAGGGGGUCUGGCAGCAGGAACUGCUACUACAAAUGUGUAUCGUAAUUUACAGUACAAGAAUACAAUGAAGGCAAUGCAGUCCCCAUGUUGUAGCCCUGAUGAAGUGAUAUUUGGUCCUGACUUCCAUCAAUCCUUAUACUGCCAUCUUUUAAGUGGACUCAUUUACUGGGACGAAGUCCAAGUUGUGUCUUCUACAUUUGCCCACAGCAUUGUACAUUCCUUCCGAACCUUUGAACAAGUUUGGGAGGAACUCUGUACUGACAUCCGAGAAGGGGUUCUCAGCAGCCGAAUCACCGUCCCAUCUAUCCGAACAGCUAUGUCGAAACUGCUAAAGCCAAACCCUGAAUUGGCUGAUAUGAUCUAUAAAAAGUGUUUGGGAUUAAGUAAUUGGUACGGAUUAAUACCAGAGCUAUUUCCUAAAGCCAAGUACGUCUAUGGAAUCAUGACUGGUUCAAUGGAACCUUAUUUGAAAAAACUGAGGCACUACGCAGGCGAGCUACCACUGUUGAGUGCUGAUUAUGGAUCGUCUGAAGGUUGGAUCGGAGCAAAUGUGAACCCAAAAUUGCCUCCUGAGCAGGUCACUUUUGCUGUGCUUCCUAAUAUUGGGUAUUUUGAAUUUAUUCCUCUGAGGGAGAAUGUUGAGGUUCAGAAGCCUGAUGAAAUUGAGUCCUCAUUGCUCUCCAUGGAGGCCAAGCCAUUGGGUCUGACUGAAGUCAAGAUUGGCGAAGAGUAUGAGAUCAUUUUCACUAAUUUCGCAGGUUUAUAUCGGUAUAGGUUAGGAGAUGUGGUUAAGGUAGUGGGCUUCCACAACUCAACUCCAGAGCUCCAAUUUGUUUGCAGGAGUAAUCUUUUGCUCACCAUUAACAUCGACAAGAACACUGAGAAAGACUUACAACUAUCCGUUGAGGCGGCUGCCAAGCUCUUAGCUGAAGAAAAGCUUGAAGUAGUCGAUUUCACGAGCCUUGUUGACUUAUCAACUGACCCCGGCCACUAUGUCAUCUUCUGGGAAGUGAGUGGCGAAGCGGGUGAGGACCUUUUGAAGGAAUGUUGCAACUGUUUGGACCAGUCAUUUGUCGAUGCAGGCUACAUGAGUUCCCGCAAAGUCAACACUAUCGGAGCGCUCGAGCUCCGAGUCCUUAGGAGGGGAACGUUUCAGAAGAUUCUAGACCACUACGUGGGGCAGGGAUCUGCCGUCAGCCAAUUCAAAACCCCGCGAUGCGUGGGACCCAGUAACAACAUUGUGUUGCAGAUCCUAGGUAGUAAUGUUGUUGAGAACUACUUCAGUACUGCGUUCAACUGAAUUGGUCUGUUUUUUUAUCAUGUUAUAUAGGAAUUCAAAUAAAUAGGUCUUGUUGGGUCGUUGGUUCACAAUAAUGCUUCAAAUGGGUAUACAAAACUUUUAGUCUCGUCCACUUAUAUUGGACUUGUUAACUAUGUACAUGUUUCCCAGAUUUUGUGUUGGAGAUGUAUAAAAGAUACAUUAUUGACCCGAAUUGUGAAAUCAUUUUGCAACAAUCCUGAAUC